AUCCCCAAAAUUUUGAAAUUCGAAUCCGCGCUACUAGGUCUCUCUCACUCGAUCUAUCCCUGGAGGGUUUAGGUCGUCGGCGAUGUUUUCCGGCAGGGAUAAUCCGACGGCGAAUGCGAACAUGCAGAAUCUCUUCGCUCAGAUCUUUGAGAGGGAGAGGCGAAUCGUCGAGCAGGUCAAGCAACAAGUAGAUCUCUUUGACCACCAUUUAGCCUCCAAGUGCCUUCUCGCCGGAGUCUCCCCUCCUCCGUGGCUCUGGUCUCCCUCGUCUCUACCUUCCGAAACUUCCGAGUUGAAUAAGAUCAUCUCGGGGCUCUUAUUUCCUCAAUCCAGACAUUCCAUCAUUUGUCCUCCUACCGGCCGUUUCUUUCAGUAUCAGCGGCCCGUCAGUUUUCUAGCUGACAGUGUAGGCAUGACAUCUGUGGUAGAUAACACUUCGGAAGAGCACUUGUUUGAAGAAGAAGAACAUCAACACCACCUCUCGCACAACUUAGUCCGACGCGUUUCAGAUCACUCUCACGAACAGGAUGCUGGUACUGCAUUUCCUAGAGAUGCCCAUGAGGAGGAACCGUUGCCAGAAAGUGUCUCAAUUGAUUGCAGAGAGAAUCAAAGUUGUCCGUCGCGUGGACACAGUCAGAAUCAGAGAGUUGAAAAUGGUACAUCUCCUGGACGUAGCCAAGGGAAGAUGGUUCUUAAAAGUGUCUCGAGUACUGGUUGUGAGCGGGAACCAUCGACUCUCGGAUAUUGUCAAGAUGAAACCGAACCAAACACUUGCGUUGACCCUGGACUACCAGUACCGCUUGAUAAGAUUCAGAGAUCGAAGUCACGUCAGAAAGAUUUUGAGCGUCGAAGUAGUGCCAAAGCUUCCAGAAGCCGUUCAAACCGUAGAAAUGAGCUCAAACCUUCUCCAGGUGGAGAUAUAGGCCUUGGGAUUGCUUCUUUAAGGUCCGACAGUGUUAGGGAAAUAAAUUUAUUUAAGCAUGAUGAGAAUGAUGAAGGUUGUCCCGACGAAGAAGAGGACAGCAAUUCUCAAGGUAAAGGAGGGGAUCAGUGUAUUAAGUUUAUCUUAUCUACAGAGUCUUCAACCCCACACCAGAAAAUGGUUCCUUUGCAAAUAGCUACCAGUGGAGAUACUUCUGCUUCUAUUGUACCAAAAUCUCUACUCGAGUCUGGUCAUGUGAGUGAAAUGAAUGUAUUACAGACCAUUGAGACAAUUGAUGAGGUGCCUGUUAAAGUGGAUGAUACCCAACGCAGAAGUUGCAAUGAAACAGCUUAUCUCGAUGGAGGUACAAGAUCUAAAAGCUCAAGCCAUGAAAGAUCCAAGAGGGAACAUCAAAAGUCUAGCAACUUUGUUUCGGGUAGCAUUCCGUCAAGAAAUUCAGAUCCUUCUCACCGGGCAGAUGAUAGAGUAGAAUUACCCCAGGUAAUACCUCUCACUAAUGAAGAUCCUAUGGUGACAGAUGCUGGAACGAGAAUCUUUAAGUCUGAAAUCAAAACAAGAUCCAGCAGCAAUGCACGGACAAAUGAAUCAGAGGCUGAGCAUUCAGGCUCUGUUAAGUCUUCUUCAGUUGACCUGGAGCCAAGACAUUCAAUUUCAUUACUGCAAGGUGGUGAUGCAGAGAAGUCACUGAUUCCCUCGAUCACUGAUGUUGAAGGUUUGUUGGUUGAAAAUAUUGCCAGCAACGAUCAAGCAAAAGAAAAGGGUGAAGGUGUAAAAGAGUCACUGAUUCCCUCUACAAUCGGUGUUGCAGAUAGUAUAUCUCGAGGAAAGAGAUUCGAGACCGAGCAUUCAGGCUCUGUCGAGUCCUCUUCAGUUGUCGUGGAACCAAGAGAUUCAAUUUCAUUAGUGCAAGCCUGCGAAGUAAAUGAAUCGCUGAUUCCCUCUACUGCUCGUGUUGAAAGAUUAGUAGUUGAAGAUAUUACUAGCGACGAUCAACCAAAAGAAAAGGGUGCAUGUGUAAAGGAGCCACUGAUUCCGUCGACUAUUGAUGUUGAAGGUUUAGUACUUGAACAUUUCACCGAGGACGAUCAAUUAAAAGGAAAGGGUGGAUGUGUUGAAAGUAACAGAUGUUCAAGUGCUGGAAGAGUCAGCCUAACGGGUCUAUCCACAGAUGAGACGACACUUGUGAGUGCAACUGAAAACAAUAUACCCAAGACCGAGCUUUUGGGCAUUGUUGGGUCCUCUUACUCAUUAAUCCAAUCAGACGAUAGAAGUGUAUUGUUGAAACCCGUAACUGUUACUGGUGAAGCUUUAUCAGUGGAGGAAGAUAACACCGGUGAAUCAACGGAAGUUAGCAGUAUCUCAAGGUCUAGAAGUUUAAGCCAAACUGACAUCACGGUAGUUGAGCAAGUGGUGGUUGAAUCUAUUCUUCAGGAAAGCGGUGCUCCAGAAGGCUUGAUUGACCAUUCUCAAAAACGGGAUAUUAGUUGUAUGUCCAAGGAAGUACAGUCACAGGGUUCAUUGACCAAAGAGGGGAGUAACCAAUGCCAUGUAAUAUUAAGUAAGCCAAGAAGCUCGGCCAUUGAAGAGGAAUCAGCAAAUGAAUACAAGGCUCUAUCUGUUGGAUCUGAUCGUAAAUUGGCUGACGAACAGCUUGAAGUUAGAGCAGGAAACUCAUCACCGAGAACCCUUGAUCUCCCUGCUCCUGUGAAGCCUGAAUCACCCUCCUCUGAUGAUAAUGGAGAACGCAGCUUUAGUGACAUUCCAAUGAAUAGUCGAGAAAAAUCUACAAUGGAGAAGGCCCCAGCAUCUGCCGCAAGGGUGUCAGAUGUUCCAUCUCUCACUGAUUCUGAAGUUAAUUUCUUGGCAGUCAAUGCCAUAAAUGACAUUGAAGAUAAUAAUGGUUUGAAGAAAGAAAUGGUAUCAGAAAUGGAAUCGCCUGCAAGCCAUACUGGCUCGAGAGUCGGAGGAAAUGAACAUCCAGAGUCAAAUACAUUCGCUGGUCAGCUAGAUGCAUCGAAAAAGAGACCUCAAUUUGAAACAUCCGCUGACGAAGGUGUUUCCCCAGAUGAUAAGAAUACAGCAUUUGCAGAAACAGGUGAAUCUCAUUGUCAGGAGGGCUCUAUACAGAAAAUUAUUUGCUCUAGUUCCCAGCUGCAGAAUAAGCGGAGAAGAACCCUUGAGAAACUAACUAGUAGAGAGCCUUCGUCAAGCCCAGGGGGACACAUUCUGGACUCAGAUUCUGUUAGGGAAGCAGUACAUCGUUGUGAGGAAGCCGCAUGUCACGACCUCAAUCACUAUGAUGUCGAAUUACAGAAGAUAAUUGGAUCUACACCUACAGAUCACUAUGAAGUUGAGUUACAAAAGAUGAUUGGAUCUGCAUCGUCAUCUGAACUACGUUUUGAAGAGGGUUACUUAUUCAAGGAAGCUGGAUUGAUGAGUCCUACCUCGCUUUCGUUCAGACCAGAACAGCUAAGUGCAGAGAGGAGUCAAAUUGCUCCAAAUCAUGGAUUUAAAACAGAAAAUAUGGACUUUUUGCCAUUUGUUGGAGAAACCUCUCACCUAUUCGCUAGUGGCGUCCGCAGUUCAGAUUAUUCUCCUUGUUCAUCUCCCUUUGGUUUGACAGGCGCAGACGAUGGCAGCCCCCCUGUUUUGGAGGGCUUUAUUGUCCAAACCGAUGAUGAAAGUCAAAGAGAUUCCAAAAACCAGAUAACACAUGACAGCUUCCAACUUCCAAAAACUACAGCAGAAAGUGCAACCAUCAUAGAGACAAUUCGCAAGUCUGCUUGCAGUACCACUCCAUCAUUACAUCUGGCUAAAACAUUUAAGUUCAAGGGAAAACUGGACUUGGAUCAGUCCGUUUCAACUGAGCUGCUUGAUGGCAUGUUUUUCAGUCAGAAUCUGGAGGAUAGCUCUGUCUUGGAUAAGUUGGGUAUUAACCAUGACUAUACAGGAAAUUUGUACACUGACUAUGCUGGCUCAACUGCUGAUGCUAGGUAUCCUCGUAUGUCUCCAAAUGGGAAGUUGUGGUAUAGAAGUUUGCAAAAGUCUGCUAGUUCAGAGAAGCAGGGCAGUCUGACACCAGACCUACCUUGCAUUAGCGAAGAGAAUGAGAACGUGGAUGAGGAGCCUGAAAACUUAUGCGCCAACUCUCCAAAGUCUAUGAGGUCAGAGAAGCGAGGAAGUUUAAUUCCGGACCUUCCUUGCAUAGAUGAAGAGAAGGAAAAAGAAGAUGAGAUACCAGAACCUGUUAAGGAGGUAUCUGAUUCCAAAAGUGGGAGUGUCUCUGCCGAAAGUGAACCUCUUGCUGAUACUGAUGCUGAUGAAGACCCUAGGAAACUUCUUCCAUCUGUCUCUAACGCUAAGGUCCCUGUUGAUAGACAGAGCCUAGAUUCUGUCAAUACCGCGUUUAGCUUUUCUGCUACGUGCAACAACAGUGUCAAAAGUAAAGCAGAAAGGAAGAAGGGUGGUAGCCGAAGAUUCACUGGUAAAGGUAAAGAGAAUCAAGGUGGAGCAGGCGCUGGAAGAAAUCUUAGACCGCCUAGUAGCAGGUUCAGCAAGACUAAGUUGUCUUGUAACUCGAAUUUGACAUCUCUAGGGCCGCGAUUACCAGAUAAAGAACCUAGGCACAACAACAUCGUUUCAAACAUCACUUCGUUCGUUCCACUUGUUCAGCAACAAAAAGCGGCAGCUGCAAUAAUUACAGGCAAGAGGGAUGUCAAGGUAAAGGCCCUAGAAGCAGCUGAGGCUUCAAGAAGGAUGGCUGAACAAAAAGAAAAUGAACGUAAGAUGAAGAAAGAAGCUAUGAAGCUUGAGCGGGCAAGGCUGGAACAAGAAAAUCUGAGAAAGCAGGAGAUGGAGAAGAAAAAGAAAGAAGAAGAGCAAAAGAAAAAGGAAGCGGAGAUGGCUUGGAAGCAGGAGAUGGAAAAGAAAAAGAAAGAAGAAGAGCGGAAGAGAAAAGAAUUUGAAAUGGCGGAUAAGAAGAGGCAGAGGGAAGAAGACAAGAAGUUGAAGGAAGCUAAAAGACAGCGAGUUGCAGAAAUGCAGAGACAACAAAAAGAGGCUACUGAGAAACUACAAGCUGAAAAAGAACUGAAAAGAAAGGCUACUAUGGAUGCGAAGAUAAAAGCACUGAAGGAACUGAAAGAAGAGCAAGGUAAUGCUAGGAUCCGUGCAGUAAGAUCAAAGAGUAAUUCCAGCGACGAUAUCAAUGCAUCAAGAUCCUCGAGAGAGGAUGAUCUCAAGGUGAUAAGCAACAUAGGGAAAAUGUCUGAAGAGUCAUACGACAUAUCUCCAUACAAAUGCUCAGACGACGAAGAUGAAGAGGAAGACGACAAUGACGACCUGUCAAACCACAAAUUCGUUCCUUCUUGGGCCAGCAAGAGCAAUAUACUUAUCAGUGUCAAUUCCCAACAAAACCGUGAUCCCGAUAUUACUUUCCCUGCAAAAAGUUCCCGCAGUAUAACCCAAGUUCUUUUGCCGAGAAAGUUCCGAACCAAGUAGCAUAAACUACGAGGAGCCAAACUAAGAUUCUCGGAGACAGUAAAACUCUGUGUUUCAAGUUCCUUAGUAGCUUGAGCUUCAAGUCAUAGAGUAGUUUGUGAAUACACUCUCUUUGUGCUUAACCUAUUGUAGCAAAUGAUCCCUAUUAUGAUAUUCGAAUCUCUCGAGAAGGUUCAUGUUUUGCUUUUGUAAGGAUUAGUGAACGGAUGUAAUGUAAUACUUAAUUUCAUCCCAUUGGCGUGCA